GUUUUCUUGUGUUUCGUGGCGCUGAAGGAAUUUGCUGCUCUCACAAAAGAAGUGAAUAUGUGUCGAGAGCAGCUGCUGGAGCGAGAGGAGGAGAUCGCCGAGCUGAAAGCAGAGAGAAACAACACACGCUUGUUGCUGGAGCAUCUGGAGUGUCUGGUGUCUCGUCACGAGCGUUCUCUGAGAAUGACCGUAGUCAAGCGUCAGGCUCAGUCUCCCGCCGGCGUCUCCAGUGAGGUGGAGGUGCUCAAGGCGCUCAAAUCUCUCUUCGAGCACCACAAAGCCCUGGAUGAGAAGGUGAGAGAGCGUCUGCGUGUGGCUCUGGAGAGAUGCAGCAUGCUGGAGGAGCAGCUCACAGCCGCUCAUAAAGAGCUGGUGUUUCUCACGGAGCAGAGUAAUCAGAAGAGGGUGAUGAUUGAUGGAUCAGCAGAAGUGAAUCACAGCUCUGAUGCAGCACCAAACACUAAUGGCCAGCAGCGCUUGUCAGACGUCUCUAUGGGUGCAGAGGAGGAUUGUGGGAAGGACGGGGAGCUGCAGGAGGCGAUGGACAGACAGAGUAAGGAGCUCCUGCACCUGAAGGAGCGUGUGGCGUCUCUCUGCAGCCACGUCGCUGAGCUGGAGGAGGAUCUGGACACGGCCCGCAAAGACCUCAUCAGGUCCGAGGACAUCAACAGCCGCCUGCAGAGAGACUUACGAGAGUCUCUGGCUCAGAAGGAAGACAUGGAGGAGAGGAUCACCACGCUGGAGAAGCGCUACCUAGCGGCUCAGAGAGAAGCCACGUCUGUCCACGACCUCAACGACAAACUGGAGAACGAGAUCGCCAACAAGGACUCGCUGGUCUGCCAGAUGGAGGACAAGGGCCGGCAGCUGCAGGAGCGUCUGGAGCUGGCGGAGCAGAAGCUGCAGCAGACGCUGCGUAAGGCCGAGACGCUGCCGGAGGUGGAGGCAGAGCUGGCUCAGAGGGUCGUGGCCCUCACUAAGGCGGAGGAGCGUCAUGGGAAUGUGGAGGAGCGUCUCAGACAGAUGGAGGCUCAGCUGGAGGAGAAGAACCAGGAGCUGCUCAGGGCCCGUCAGCGAGAGAAGAUGAAUGAAGAGCACAACAAACGUCUGUCGGAGACGGUGGACAAACUGCUGUCUGAGUCCAACGAGAGGCUGCAGCUGCACCUGAAGGAGCGCAUGUCUGCGCUGGAGGACAAGAACACUCUGAUCCGGGAUCUGGAGCACACCAAGAAGCUGAUAGAAGAGGCUCAUCAUGAGAAGGAGCAGCUGCUCAUCCAGAUCGAGAGCAUGAGGACCGAACACGAGCGCGGCCGCAGCAGGAGCAACUCUCUGCUGCAUCAUGGGCGCGGUACGCCGGACUUCAGGUACCCGGUGUCGGUGUCGUCAGCGCUGGACAGUCACUGCAGCGGAGCGCUGGUGCUCAGACGACCGCAGAAGGGCCGCGUGUCUGCGCUGCGAGACGAGCCCUCGAAGGUGCAGACACUGGACGAGCAGGAGUGGGACCGGCUGCAGCAGGCUAAUGUUCUGGCUAGCGUGGCUCACGCGUUUGAGAGCGACAUGGACGUGUCAGACGUGGAGGACGACAGAGAUACGGUCUUCAGCUCCAUGGACCUCCUGUCUCCUGCUGGACAGGCAGACGCUCAGACGCUCGCCCUGAUGCUGCAGGAGCAGCUGGAUGCCAUCAACAACGAGAUACGGAUGAUCCAGGAGGAGAAGGAGAGCACCACGCUGAGAGCCGAGGAGAUCGAUAUCCACGUGGGCAGCGGAGAUGAUCUGGGCGGCCGCUUCCGCUCCAUGACGUCCCUCCAGCCCUCUUUCCACAGCUCUUCUCCGCCCGGAUCCGGUCACUCCACGCCCCGCCGGCCCUCACACAGCCCCAGCCGAGAGCUGGACCGCAUGGGGGUCAUGACCCUGCCUAGUGAUUUGCGGAAGCAUCGUAGGAAGUGCGCACAAGACGAUAAAGCCACUAUCAGAUGCGAGACGUCUCCUCCGUCCACACCGUCCUCCGUGAGACUCCAUAAAGGAGCGCUGCACACCGCCAGCCACGAGGACAUCAGAGACAUACGGGGCGCCGGGCUGCAGGACGGAGCGGGCAGUAAUCCCAGCAGCAGCAACAGCAGUCAGGACUCACUCAACAAAGGAACCAAGAAGAAGAGCAUCAAGUCCUCCAUCGGCCGACUGUUCGCAAAGAAAGAGAAGGCUCGAGCCAGUCCGCUGGGGAAAGAGUCUCCUGGGCCAGCUACGCCUGAUGGAGGAAGCUCACAGGACGCCAUGACGCUCGGGAAACUGGGCGGCCCUGCAGAGAAGAACCGCAAACUGCAGAAGAACCCAAACUCAGGACACGAGUUGCUGGAGGAAGCCUGUCGACAGGGUCUGCCCUUCGCUCUCUGGGAUGGUCCUACGGUGGUGGUGUGGCUCGAGCUGUGGGUCGGGAUGCCUGCGUGGUAUGUAGCGGCGUGCCGUGCUAAUGUGAAGAGCGGAGCCAUCAUGUCUGCUCUGUCCGACACGGAGAUCCAGCGCGAGAUCGGCAUCAGCAACCCUCUUCACCGCCUCAAACUACGCCUCGCUAUUCAGGAGAUCAUGUCUCUCACCAGCCCUUCGGCGCCAACUACCUCCAGAACGUCUUCUGGAAAUGUCUGGCUCACACACGAGGAGAUGGAGAGUUUGGCCGCCACGCCGCUCACGGAGGAUGAGGAGGGCAGCUGGGCCCAGACUCUGGCGUAUGGGGACAUGAACCACGAGUGGAUCGGUAACGACUGGCUGCCGGGCCUCGGUCUGCCUCAGUACCGCAGCUACUUCAUGGAGUCUCUGGUGGACGCUCGUAUGCUGGAUCAUCUGACCAAAAAAGACCUGCGCAGUCAGCUCAAAGUAGUGGACAGCUUCCACAGGAACAGUUUUCAGUGCGGCGUGAUGUGUUUGAGACGACUGAACUACGACAGGAAAGAGCUGGAGCGGAGGCGUGAGUCCCAGGCGGAGGUCAAAGAUGUGCUGGUGUGGACGAACGAGCGCGUGCUCGGCUGGGUCCAGGCCAUCGGGCUGAAGGAGUAUGCUGGGAAUCUUCUGGAGAGCGGCGUUCACGGAGCGCUCCUCGCUUUAGACGAGUCCUUCGACCACAACGCCUUGGCGCUGCUGCUGCAGAUCCCUACACAGUGCACACAGGCGAGAGCGGUGCUGGAGCACGAGUACAGCCGUCUGUUAGCCGCGGGAACAGAGAGGACACUCGAGGAGGAUGACGACAAGAACUUCCGCCGCGCACCGUCCUGGAGGAAGAAGUUCCGGCCCAAAGACGUGCGCUCUGCCGACACACUGCCAGCCAGCUUCAGAGUGAGCACUGCAGACGCACUGACCAAGAAACCACAGCUGGACGGAGGUGUGAGUGUACAGCGUCUGGAUUCUGCUGCGGUCAGAACUUACUCCUGCUGAUGGGUGUCAGCGGAGGAGGACGAGCGUUUCAGAGGAGGACCUUCACAGACCCGGCGUCCCAUCAGAACUCUGUCAGACCUUAGAUUUGACGCCUCUAUUCAUGUAAAGCGAGCGACGUUCACUAAUUUAGCAGUGUCUCGUAUCGACUGUUGCUUGAUUUGAUUUGGUCAUCU